AUGUCAUCUUCGUCCCCAGUCGACAUUCUCAUUCUCGGUGCAGGAUGGACAGCGUCAUUCCUCAUACCACUUUGCACGGAAAAGAACGUCAAGUGGGCUGCUACGACACGUUCAGGAUCCACGGACCCUUAUACCACUAUCCCAUUCAACUUUGAUCAAGAUGAUGAGAGCGAAGAGAAACUAGACGAACAAUGCAAGAAAUUGCCGGAUGUGAAGACAGUUUUGGUGACAUUCCCAAUAACCACCCAGGGCGCAGUGAGAAGAUUGGUGCAGAGAUACGGGAGGACAAGGAAGGGCGGGAGGGACGAGCAAGAAUUGUGGGUACAGCUUGGGACUACGAGCAUUUGGGAUGACACACCAAAUGUUCCCAAACCUACCUCGACCAACUGGUAUGACCGCCAUUCAACGUUCACAAAGACUCCACGUGUCAUUUUGGAAGAGGAAUUACUGGCCCUGCCUGAGACAAAGAGCAGCGUGCUCUGUCUUUCGGGCCUGUGGGGUGGAACAAGGGAUCCAAAGAACUAUGUCGACCGAGUUGCGCCCACAAAAGAGGCCUUAAAGGCGAAGGGCGGUCUUCAUUUGAUUCACGGCCAAGACGUCGCACGGGCGAUACUUGCGGUGCAUCUGAACCCUUCCAAAGCCGUUGGACAGCGGUGGCUGCUGACGGACGGGAGAGUCUACGAUUGGUGGGACACUGCCUCAGCAUGGUCAGAGGAGAAGGCGCAGUGGGUCCGUGAACUGAUGCGCGAUGAAUCCGUCCGGGCGCUUCCGAGGGACAUAAGCACGCUAGGUCGUGCAUUAGAUUCAAGAGACUUUUGGGAUGCUUUUGAGCUAGUACCUGUCAAAGCAAGAGUAUGA